AUGGAAACAAUUAUUGAGACUUAGAAUUUUAGUCCUAAUUACGACCACCAUUAGUAACACUCAGACACCCCAAUGCAAGACUUAGAUGCCCAUGCUCCGGCUUCAUAGCAACUCCCCUUUCCUACUUUUAGUCAAGACAUCUUGGAUGAGUGUGAAGACAGACUUAGAAAGCUAGAAGCAACUCAGCACUAAAUAGUCGAGACUAGUGAACAUUUGCUUCGCCUUAGUCAGAACGAGUCACACUACAUUCCCUUUAUUGUUCAUAUAUGGUGUAGGCUACUACUUAGAGUGAACAAAAGCAAGAAGGUGGCUUUAGUCUACCUGGCUAAUGAACUCAUUCAGAAAAGUAUAUUACUCUCAGGCUAGAAUCAGGUACAUCAGCUUUCAUUUUCGAAAGCAUUCUAGCCUAUUAUUGGCAGGAUACUUGUCAAGCUUUUUGAGUUUUUGCAAAAGCCCGAGUACAAUCAAAUCAAGAUAGACAUUCUUAAGGUGCUUAAGGUGUGGAUGUAAAGACAGCUCUAUAAUGUGGAGCAUCUGAAAGUAAUAAGAGAGGAAUUGAUGCAGGUCGGAGGGCUUACUGAAGAAGAUUUGGACAGUAAAUUACCUCCAAGAAGCUAUCAAGACAUGACUAAAAAGAUAGAGAUAAAUUAGCAAAACACGAAUAAUCAGUAGAGAAGCUAGCCAGUAUAGAUAGAGGAGUUUAGGGGUGGCUAUGACAUAAAUAACAAUUGGAUUGAAUUGGCUGAAUCGCUUAAAUUUCUUGAUGAAAAUAGAGUCAAGAUAGCUAAAUUAGAGAAGGAGUUAGAUUAUAUGGUUGAAAAUUUAAAUAGCACUGAUGAAUGUGAUCUAGAAUGUAAAAUGAACGAAUACCAAAGUCUUAUUUCUUUACAGAAGACCUAUGAAAGAGAUUUACUUAAACAGCCCCUUAAGAUGUACAACAAGGUUGAGAAUAACAACUUCCAGGAAGUGCUAACACUUGAAAGAAUUGACCAAGCUCUCACUAAAGUCAUUAAGCAAAGACUAUCUCUCAGAAAAUGA